AUGUCAUCACUUUGUAUUGCAUCUUUCGGAGGAGAUACAGAGAUGGUCAGGAUUCUCAUAGAACAUUGAGCCAGGCAAUGUCUGAGGACGGAGCACGGAUGGACUCCUGCCCGCUAUGCUGCGGAGUCCGGUCGGCUGGCUGUGCUGAAGAUGCUGCACAUUCUCCAUGCACCCAUAGAGAAGAAGGACUGCUGUGGAGACAAACCAGUAAGGAUAGCCGAAAUAUAAGAACACCAAGAAUGUGUUAGAUUCCUUAAAAAAGCAGAGUCUGAGUACCAGGCCUACCGCAAGAAAGCAGCUCUGGAUGGCAUUUCAUUAGAUGAUACAGAUGAGGAGUGGGUGCAGCAAAGCAAAGAACAUGGAAAAGAAAUGUUUGUUUCUCAAACCAUCCAGCAGACUUAG